AUGUUGCUCAAGGACUUGAUGGAGGAGUUUGGUGUUAUUAUUGAGGAUAAGAGGACUGACAGUAUGACGCUCAGUAGCGGCAUGCUACUGCUGGUGGUGCAUGAGGUGUCCUCACAGCUAAAUGUGUGUGGUCGGGCUCCACUCAACACCAAGAUCGUUGGGGGAGUGGAUGCUUCUCCGGGCACCUGGCCCUGGCAGGCCAGUUUGCACACGUUUGGCCCCUUCUGUGGGGGGUCUCUGAUCAACAAUCUGUGGGUGCUGACCGCUGCCCACUGCUUCACCACAACUGACACGACAGGUUUCACGGUCUUCCUGGGCCGUCAGGACCAGGCGGGCAGCAACCCCAACGAGCAGUCCCGGACCAUCUCCAGGAUCGUCUGUCACCCCGAUUACAGUGGGUCCACCAACGACAACGACAUCUGCCUGCUGGAGCUCUCCUCGGCUGUCACCUUCACAGACUACAUCGCGCCCGUCUGCCUGGCCGCGGACGGAAGCACGUUCAACAGCGGCAUCAUCAACUGGGUCACUGGCUGGGGUCCCGUUUCAUUCCUUCCAUUCAUAGGUUCAGCCGCGGACAUCCUCCAGGAAGUGGACCUGCCCAUAGUGGGCAACAGGGAGUGUGACUGCAGCUAUGGCAUAAUCACCAACAACAUGAUCUGCGCUGGAUUGUCGGCUGGAGGGAAGGACUCGUGUCAGGGUGACUCUGGUGGUCCUCUUGUAGGCAAACAGGGUGUGCAGUGGGUCCAGUCGGGAGUGGUGAGCUUUGGUCAAGGAUGUGCCUUGCCCAACUUCCCUGGAGUAUACGCCAGAGUAUCCGAAUAUCAGGCUUGGAUCAACGGUAUCAUCACCACCAACCAGCCCGGCUUCGUGGACUUCCGAUCCGCGGGAAUCGACAGCGACGCCACCUUCAACUGUGGCGACCCUCCAUCCGGCCCAGUCACCGCCUCACCGACCGCCCCCGCACCGUUGACGUGCGGCAGCGCCCCCAUGAACACCCGCGACAGCAGGGGGCUGGUGCAGUCCGCCGGCGUGUGGCCCUGGAUCGCUAGCCUGCAGGUCAACGGCACGCACAUGUGCGGCGGCACCCUGGUGACUGCGGAUGCAGUCCUGAGCGACGCCUCGUGCUUCACCAUGUACCCCAAUGCCUCCUACUGGACGGUUGAGUUGGGCCGCCGGAAUCUGAACGGCCCCAACUCCUUCAACAUGACCCUGGGGGUGAAAUCCAUCACCCUCAGCAAUCUCAGCGGAGACAACAUCGCCGUGCUCAUGCUGUCCAGUGCACCGAGGCUCUCGGACUACAUCCAGCCCAUCUGUCUGGACCAGGGGAUGGGCAGCUUCCUGAACAACACUGACUGUUGGAUGGCAGGCUGGGGCAUGGGCCAGGGAGGCGCCCAAGAAACCCUGCAGGAGUUCAACACCACGGUGGUGGGUUGUAGCAACACGUCAUCCAGUGACUACAUCUGCACCGAAGCGCUGACUGUGAGAAUGGGUGACGCCGGAGGCCCCCUGAUGUGCAAGAGCGGCAACUCUUGGACCCAAGUGGCCGGGCUUCCCAACGUCAUGGGCAACAGCAGCAUGGUGCGCUCAGAGAGAGCCGCCGACCAGUCCAUGUUCAUCUCCACAGCGCGAUUUUCUAGCUUCCUGAAGGAAACUCUGGGGAGUCUUCCGUCCCCCACACCCACCACCAGUCACGCGUCAGACGCACGCUUCUCCAUGUCCUACCUCCUCCUCCUCCUCUCCUCCAUCUACCUCUUCUCUGCGCUGGUCUAGAGGCAGUGUGGCCUGGAAGGGCUCGACUCCGGUUUAUAUUCACGUUGUUUGGAUCUCAUGGAGGGAAGUAUGUGAUCAUGUAAAGAAACGAUCACACAGCAUCUUGUUUUUCCUUUUGGGGUUUUCAUGGACUGCUGGAGUCGGUGGAGUCUCAGCUUACACAUGAUAUAUAGUUUGUGUUGAUCAUAUUACCUUUUUGCUCUGCAUGUGAAGGUGCAGAGUUAUAAACACAUAUCUCUUUUUGAUACGUGCUUCUUAUUUUGUUUGGGGUUGGAAUUGUCUUUCGUUUAGCUAGCAAUGGUUAGGAGAGACUAAAGGUUGGGAAUGUUAUUACACUGGGGGUGUGUUAUAUGACCUUAACAAGCAAAAUAGUAAAUUUCAAAGUUUCAUUUUAAAAAUAAAUUCAGUUAAACAAGUUGAUGACAAAUGAAUACCGCUGUAGAGGUUUUUGAAGUGUGAAUGCCCGAUAUGAGUACUUAAUAAUACCAUUACAGUUGGGAGAACAGUCAAUGGGAACCCACUGUUUCAGCAGGAAUACAAACACUAUGGCUGGGUUGCACCAACAUGGAUUGAUUAAUCCUGGUUUAGGGUUUCUAUGGUAAGUAAAUCUAGGUUAAAGCUGAUUCAUAAUUAAUCACAAAUGUGUUGCACAUUUUAGUUGUAACUCUGGAUUAGGUAAACUAGUUUAAACAAGGAUUAAAAUAGGAUUAGUUUGUGUUCAGUGUCUGCCAUGAUGGAUUCCGGUGAAAUGUGAACAAAUUCAGGAUGUAGGUUCGAUAAAGAUGGGCCACAAUAUAUUCACAAGUCUUCUCGUAAACUCGUUGCUUUUUGAAAAAAUGUAACCGUUGUUACCUUAACUGUUACAGCUGACACUACAGCACUUGAUACUUGUAGCAAGCUAGCUUUGCUUGUAACUUUUUUAGAUAUGGCACGACACGUUAAAUUAAGAUAUGGCACGUCAAAGGGGAUCCAUCUUUUUGUCAUUUGAAAAGAUGUUGCUCAAGGACUUGAUGGAGGAGUUUGGUGUUAUUAUUGAGGAUAAGAGGACUGACAGUAUGACGCUCAGUAGCGGCAUGGUAACCGGUAGAGUCGAGAGAAUUCCCGGUGGGCUGUUAACGUUUUGGGGCCGACCGCCGGGCUGAUUUUGCGAGCUAACUAUUGCAUAUAUAAGUUCCUUGCUGUGCCGUCCGGCUAGCCAAAGCUGUGCGCUACUCUCUCUCUCACUGUCUCCCACAUACAAACACACGCAAGCACUCACAAACUGUUCCAACCAAGUCGAUAUUAGUAGAGGGGGAGUAAAUGAGUGGCCCCUCCCCAAGUGGCACGACCGUGGUGGGCCUUGAAUUGCAGAAAGCUAAAUACGUACACAGCUAUGACGACGUUGAACUCUAUACGCCAUAACAAAUAAAUGAGAAUAGGCAAUGAAGAAGAUGAAAAUGGGCAGAUUUUGAAAAAGUAGCUAGCUAACCAUUAUUAUCAGUAUGAUUCAUCAGUACAAAUGCUGUGUAAUUAUAAUAAUAAUCAUACAUUUUAUUUUAAGCGCCUUUCAUGUCUCCCAAGGACACUGUGCAGUAAAGGUAAAACAAAAUGUUAAUAAAAUAACAUUAGACAUCAAACAGAGACAAUAAAACAGACACUGAACAUUUGUUAAACACAGUACAAAAAUCAAAACAAAACAACUAGAUAAUACAUUAAACGGCGGUAAAAGAUACAUGGGAAGA